ACGGAAGUCUAGUUAAUCACAAAGAAUGGCGAUUGUCGUUUUAUUUACGUUACGGGUUCUUUAUUUUUCAGCAUACUUAACGACUAAUUUUUAAGACGCGACAAGGACCUUAGCCUUUUCAACAAUUAAAGAAACUUUCAAUCGCAUAGUUGUGCGAUGAACUCAAGACUUAUAAUUUGCUUUAAGCAGCAAUAUUUGUAGCAAAAAUCUUUAAAAUUCGAAUUAACCAAAGAAUCCAACCUUCAAUUUUCUCAAAUAAUAUUUAUAUUACGAAUAAAGCUUGAAAUUUUCAUCCAAUAUAAAGAUUUGAUUUAGUCAUCAAAUUAAGAACAUAGGAUCGAGUUUCCAAUAUUGACAUUGUUUACUUCUUCGAACGAUUUUCAACGGACGAAAUGGUGCCGACGAUGCCGCCUGAUUCGCAUAAAAUUUCGCUGAAGAUCAUUGAAGCGAUAAAACAACAUCCAGUUUUAUAUAGUGCUGAAGUGAAAGGUUCUAUUAAACUUCAGGAAUUUCGGCAGAAGGUUUGGAAGAGGAUUUCGGAUGAACUUGGUCUUGAUCCCACCUGGGUGAGAUUAAGAUGGAAAAAUUUAAGAGAUACUUACUGCCGUAUACUUAAAUAUAAGAAUAGAACGGAAAAAGGAGUUCGUAGGAAAAAAUGGAUUUUUGAAGAUCAUCUUAGUUUCUUAAAGUUUCCGUAUGAAUCGGAUUAUCAACCUCAAAGUAUAGAAUUAACUGAAGACUAUAUUCAGGAUAUAAAUGCAGGUGGAAUUAGUUCUGAAGGUCUUUUAGAACAAUUAGAAGAUCGUAAUGAUGAAGAUUAUAGUGAAUAUUUAGAAGUUUUGGAAGAAACAACUGCAGAUCCAGUGUUGGAUCGUGAUUCUAUGGAAUUAAAUGAUAAUGGUGAUAACGUAGUAAAAAGUAUAGAGGUAGGAAAUGCAAUGCAUCAUGAUGUUGAUUCAUAUGCACAGCAAAUUCAAUCAAAAUAUAGAAAAAUAAGACCGAAAAAAGUGAAAAUUGAAUCAUUGGAAGUGCCUGCAACCUACAGUAUUUUAAAAACUUCACCUUUUAAAAAUAAAACAAUUGAUACACCAAUAUUUGUUAGUGCACCAGCUGCAAAUAAUUCUGUAAAGAAUUCUUCUAAAACAGAAGAUACACAAAAUAAUUAUGACCAAGUCUAUCUAGCUCCUGAAGGAAAAAGUAGUAUAGAGCUCUUUUUUGACAGUAUGGCACAAACUGUCAAGCGACUCCCUCCAAAAGCUCAAGCAGAUAUUAAAAUGAAUAUUUGUAAAAUUGUAACAGAAGCAGAACUUAAGUAUUCUGGACGUAACACACCCCAAAGUACUCAACAAUUUAUAGCACCACCUGGAAUGAUUCCUAAGUUGGUUCUCAUUCCAUGUAACAUGAUUGAUGGACAAAAUAAUAAAGGUUGAUUAUUUCUAAGAAUAAUUAUUUCUCCUGAAAGAAUUAUGGUUAUUUAUUCUAAAUUAUGAAAUUGGUUUCGUCUAUCAUAAAAAAAUGCAACACACAACAACUGAGGAAUAUUAAACUAAGAAAGUAGUUUAAACAAAUCUGAUUUUUGUAUUCAGGACUGUUUUAUCUUUAUAUAACACACUGAAAGAAAUACUAUAUACAUAAAUGAUGUCGUUAUAUUUUAAGCUAUUGUUAUAUAUAAAUAUAGUUAUUUUAAUAGAA